GCAGAAUUCAAGAGCCGGCUCCGCUAUCACCAUCCUUCGAAACGUGGUAGCCAAGGAAGGACUAACUUCUCUUUACCGCGGCAUGGCUGCACCUUUGGCUUCUGUCACUUUUCAGGUCAACUUUUCACAUCCAUUCCACAACUGUAUUUAAACAGCAUUUCCUCAUUCUGUUUAAUCAAAGCUAUUGCUUUGCUAUUCAUUUUGCAGAACGCUAUGGUUUUCCAAAGUUAUGCAGUGUUGUCAAGAGCAUUUUGCUCACCAGUUUCCUUUAAUGACCCUCCUUCUCUUAAGGCUGUUGCUUUAGGAGGAGUUGGUACCGGUGCUCUCCAAAGCAUACUGCUUUCCCCUAUUGAGUUGGUGAAAAUUCGCCUUCAGGUGCGCGACACAAGCCAAUUAUCUGAAGCCGAAAAGGGUCCCAUAAAGGUUGCUAAGAACAUAUUGAAAACCGAAGGUUUCCGCGGAAUUUACAGAGGACUCAGCAUUACUGUGUUGAGAGAUGCACCUGCACAUGGUUUGUACUUCUGGACAUACGAAUAUGCAAGGGAACUACUUCACCCUGGCUGCAGAAAAAGUUCUGAGGAAAGCUUGAAUACUAUGCUGGUAGCAGGGGGAUUAGCUGGGGUAUCUAGCUGGAUCUUCAGCUACCCUUUAGAUGUUAUAAAGACAAGAAUCCAGGCUCAAACACUUCAUUCUUCUAAAUACAAUGGUAUCCUAGAUUGUCUCCAAAAGAGCAUAAAAGAGGAAGGCUAUGUUGUGUUGUGGCGAGGUUUAGGAACAGCUGUUGCUAGAGCUUUCAUAGUGAAUGGUGCUGUGUUUUCAGCUUAUGAGAUUACUCUCAGGUGCUUCUUUAAUAGUAACUGAACCAUUCAAAUGUCCUAAACUCACAAAAAUUCAGCAAUGUGAUUUUCAUUUCACUGAUUAAUUCUUCAUUUCUAGAAUUUUCCCUUUAUCCAAACAUUCAACUGAUUCAAGCAUACCAAAUAUAAAUUACAAAACUUAUAAUAGAAGUUAGAAGCCAUUCCAUUUAAAGAGAGAAAGCAUUUCAUUCAUUCAAAUUUCAAUCAAUCAAUGAGUAAAAGCAUAGAUCGCAGUGGAGAUAUAAACCAAAAGAGCAGAGGAGACCAAAACAACCAUGACGGCAACGGCAUGGGAGGCGGACUUGCUGCCACAAGAGAGCAUCCCGAGGCGGAUCUCGAUGACAUUCACCAUUGAAAGAACCAAGAAGAGGCAUCCCAUGACGGAGCCGAUGGCGGAGCCAAGCAUACCGAAACGGAGCACCUUGAGGUUGAUGUGUGCACGGAAAGCAUCAUCAACCUCCUUGCUGUUGAGGAGGUUGAGGGCGAGCUUGAGUCCCUGCGCCACCAGAGACGAGAACAGGAAGAAGCUGAAGGAAACAACCUCGAAGACGAGAAGCUUCUUGGCGAUGUCAACGCCGGCG